UGUGCAAAGACGGCAAGAAGCGACCGACCGGCGGGGGAGGCAGGCAAAGCAAAGGACAGGGGGAAUUUAGGUUGUGUCCCGUAUUUGGAAUAAGCAAGACAAGACCACAGUUUUCCUCUUGACGUGAAACCACCGAGGCUCCUGUGUAACCUUCAGAACGGAGCUGCAGUUUUGAAGGCUAACUUAUUCGGGACUCUUCAACUAACCGUCAUUUUGAACUGAAGAAACUAACGACACAUUUGGUUUCUGGACGAAGAAUGGGAUUUAAAGAACAUAUCUGCCAGCUCUGAGUUGAGAAAACAAGGGAAUAUUUUCCAGUUGGAUGGAAAAAUAACAUCAUUACCAAAAAGGGGGGCAAACUAGUUCCACCUUUCAACACGGCGCUUGUUAUAUGUCAACUUCUUGGGAAAAAACGGGGGCAACGAUGGCAUUUAGAAGCGACGAAAAUUAACGUUAGCUCGCUGGCUAGCUUCAAAGCUAACCUAGCAGGCUGCUAACUAAGCCUGUGUCGCCCUUCCAUUCCUGGAGCAGAGGAGGGGCGCUGGGGCUUUGUAGCAUUGCAGAUCUGCCUUGCAUUUUUGGGUUGCUGCAAGAAUGGAGAAUCCCGAAAAUCUGCCACAACUCAUGGGGAUUUUUUGAGCCACAAUCGACUCGAUUUGACUUUUAUUCUUAACCCAAAGAAGAGCUGAAACUAUCAGGAAUUCCAUCAAUAUCAGCCGGCCCGGGGCAGCCAGGCAGGGUCUGUAAUUGUGACUUCUUCUGCCCCGUGGGGAUAGGUAUUAUAAAAUGGGGAAGUGCUGUACAUGGCAUGGAUGUUGGAUCUCGGAAUAGAAGAUCAUGAACAGUAUUAUGAAUUAGCCACGGCUUGCCCUAGACUCGAAGUUUUAUUAUUUUCCAGACAUAUUCAAGGUGAGAGAACUUCUUUACAGGCCCCUCUGCGCUAACUAACAGGCCGAGGAGGUGCUCCAACAUCCCCAUUCCUCCUCAUCCACCAUCAUUACUUCAAAAACGCAAUAACCAGGAAUAAUCAUGUCGGGAGAGGUGCGUUUGAAGAAGCUGGAGAAGCUGCUCCUGGACGGGCCAGCUCAGUCUAAUGGCCAGUGUGUGAGUGUGGAAACACUGCUGGAUAUCCUGGUGUGCCUCUACGAUGAGUGCAACAACUCCCCGCUCAGAAGAGAGAAAAAUAUCCUCGAGUUUUUGGAGUGGGCUAAACCCUUCACUUCCAAAGUGAAACAGAUGCGCCUGCACAAAGAAGACUUUGAGAUCCUAAAGGUGAUUGGACGAGGAGCCUUUGGAGAGGUUGCUGUGGUAAAAGUUAGAAACACUGACAAGGUAUUUGCCAUGAAGAUCCUUAACAAAUGGGAGAUGCUGAAGCGAGCCGAGACGGCGUGUUUUCGGGAGGAGCGGGAUGUGUUGGUAAAUGGGGACUGCCAGUGGAUCACCACCCUGCACUAUGCCUUCCAAGACGACAAUAAUCUGUACCUGGUCAUGGACUACUACGUGGGUGGGGAUCUGCUGACUCUGCUUAGUAAGUUUGAGGACCGUCUGCCAGAGGAGAUGGCCAAGUUCUACCUGGCUGAAAUGGUGCUGGCUAUCGACUCCGUUCACCAGCUACACUACGUCCACAGGGACAUAAAACCCGACAACAUUUUGUUGGAUAUGAACGGCCACAUCCGCCUGGCUGACUUUGGCUCCUGUCUCAAACUCAUGGAGGACGGGACGGUCCAGUCCUCGGUGGCAGUGGGGACUCCAGACUACAUUUCCCCAGAAAUCCUCCAGGCCAUGGAGGAUGGCAAAGGCAAGUACGGACCUGAGUGCGACUGGUGGUCCCUGGGUGUCUGCAUGUAUGAAAUGCUGUACGGUGAGACUCCUUUCUAUGCAGAGUCUCUGGUGGAGACAUACGGGAAGAUCAUGAACCAUAAGGAGCGGUUUCAGUUCCCACAGCAGAUAACAGAUGUUUCAGAGGAUGCAAAGGAUCUGAUUCGCCGGCUCAUCUGCAGCCGAGAGCACAGAUUGGGCCAGAACGGCAUUGAAGACUUCAAGCACCACCCGUUUUUCACUGGCAUUGAUUGGGAAAACAUUCGAACAUGUGAAGCUCCUUACAUCCCAGAGGUCAGCAGCCCCACAGAUACCUCUAACUUUGACGUGGAUGAUGACUGCCUAAAGAACUCGGAGACCAUGCCCCCUCCCUCUCACACUGCUUUCUCUGGCCACCACUUGCCCUUUGUGGGCUUCACAUACACAAGUCACUGUGCCCUAUCUGACAGGGGUUGCUUGAGACAACUGGCCGCCAAGCCCGGUAACUCCGGCCAGGACCAGCUGGACAUGGAUGUGCAGCGCAGCCUGGAGGACAGCCUGGCCACAGAGGCCUAUGAGAGGAGGAUCCGGCGACUGGAGCAAGAAAAACUAGAACUGAGCCGCAAGCUGCAAGAGUCCACUCAGACAGUGCAGGCUCUGCAGCACCCAUCAGGUGAGGGUCCUGUCAGCCUUAACAAAGAGGUGGAGAUCAGGAGUCUGAAGAGCGAGAUUGACAUCCUCAAAAAACAGAUCGCUGACUCAGGCCAACUAGAGAAGCAGCUGGAAGAUGUGUCGUUGGCCCGCAGGGACUUGGAGGACUCGUCUAAACACAUCAAGACUUUAGAGAAACAGAUGAAGAGCCUUACACAGGAGAGGGACGACCUGCACAAGGAUGUUUUGGAGGCCAGUGAGAAGCUGAAGUCUCAAUCAAAAGAGCUAAAAGAAGCCCAUAGCCAGAGAAAACUGGCCAUGCAGGAGUUCUCUGAGCUCAACGAGAGACUCACAGAGCUCAGGUCGACAAAGCAGCGCCUGGCUCGCCAGUUGCGUGACAAAGAGGAGGAGAUGGAGAGUUUAAAUCAGAAAGUUGAGGCUCUUCGCCUUGAGGUGCGAAAGGCUGAGAGGGCAAAGAAGGAGAUGGAGACGCAGGCAGAGGAGCAGGCAGCAGAGACUCAAAAAGAGAAGAAACUAAGAGAACGCAAUGAACAGUACAGCCGACAGCUGGAGGAGGAGUUGGAAGGUCUUAAGUUGAAGCAGGCCGGCUCCUCUACCAUCCCAGCCUCAGCAGAUCAGACACAAGAGGUGGGACGCCUGCGGGGGGACCUGGAGAAGAAAACGCUCUUGUACGAAGAGGAGUUAGCACGCAGAGAAGCGCAGCAUAGCACAGAGCUGAAGGCGCUACGUAAAGAGCUGCGGGAUGCUGAGAGCCAACACCUGACCCUGCAGAAAGAGAUCCUGAUGCUCAAAGAUAAGCUGGACAAGACUCGCCGUGAGAGCCAAAGUGAACGGGAAGAGUUUGAGACGGAGUACAAGGAGAAGUAUGAGAGGGAGAGAGUCCUGCUUAUGGAGGAGAACAAGAAGAUGUCCAGUGAGCUGGAUAAGCUGACCAGCAUGUUUGAGAAGGUGAGCAGCUCCAACAAACAGCUGGAGGAUGAGAUGAGAGAGCUGGCUGACAAAAAGGAGAGUGUCGCUCACUGGGAAGCUCAAAUCACAGAAAUCAUCCAGUGGGUAAGUGAUGAGAAGGAUGCUCGGGGUUACCUGCAGGCUCUGGCCACCAAGAUGACGGAGGAGCUGGACGGACUAAGAAACACCAGCCUGGGAGCGAGAGCAACGGACAUGCCAUGGAAGAUGAGGCGUUUUGCCAAGCUGGACAUGUCGGCCCGUCUGGAGCUGCAGUCGGCCUUGGAUGCUGAGAUCAGAGCCAAGCAGAGCAUCCAGGAUGAGCUGAACAAAGUCAAGGCAAACAGCAUCUCCACAGAAUGUAAACUGCAGGACAUGGAAAGUAAGAACCAGGAGCUCCUGGCUGAAAUCGACAGACUGAAGAAGGAGACGGAGGAGCUGCGGCUACGAAGAGGUGUUAAGCACCAGGAUUCCCAGAAUUCCUUCUUGGCUUUCCUAAAUGCCCCCACCUCUGCCCUCGACCAGUUCGAUGACUCUUAUUCCUCAUCCUCAUCUUCUUUAAUUGAGUUUUGGGAAGACCGCUCGCCAUCCGUUGGCCCAGCUAGCAAAGGCAGACGUGUGGACUCCAUGGAUAACUUUACACCCUCCAACACUCCAUCCCGGGAAGAUGACCCCAAGUCCCACCUCAAGUCCCGCUCGCGUUCACCCUCCAUGGCUAGUGACAUGGAGCCUAUAGAGUUGAUAGACCAUCCACGUUCAGUCCAGACCCCCACCAUGCGCUCAGGAGGAUACGGCAGUAUUGGACGCUCCUCACCUAAGCCCAAAGCACAUCAGUUUGUGGUGAAGACAUUCACCACGCCCACUAAAUGUAACCAGUGCACUUCCCUCAUGGUGGGACUUAUACGUCAAGGCUGUACAUGUGAAGUGUGUAACUUCUCCUGCCACGUUACGUGUGCGGACAAGGCCCCCGCGGUGUGUCCUGUGCCCCAGGACCAGACCAAGGGCCCACUGGGUAUCGACCCUCAGCGGGGGAUCGGCACUGCAUAUGAAGGCCAUGUCAGGGUACCCAAACCAACAGGGGUGAAGAAGGGCUGGCAGAGGGCGAUGGCUGUUGUGUGUGACUUCAAACUAUUUCUCUAUGAACUUGGAGAGGGAAAAGCCACACAGCCGAGUGUAGUCGUCAGCCAAGUCAUAGAUAUGAGGGAUGAAGAGUUUUCAGUCAGUUCUGUCCUGGCCUCAGAUGUCAUCCACGCCAGCCGCAAAGACAUCCCCUGUAUAUUCAGAGUGACGGCGUCCCAGCUCUCCCCCUCCAGCAGCCACAAACCCUCCAUCCUGAUCCUGGCUGACAGCGAUCAGGAGAGGAACAAAUGGGUGGGCCUCCUCAACGAGCUCCAUCGCAUCCUCAAGAAGAACAAACUCAAGGAGCGCUUCGUCUACGUCCCCAAGGAGGCUUACGACAGCACCCUGCCACUCAUCAAGACCACACAGUCUGCUGCUAUCAUAGAUCAUGAGCGUGUUGCUCUGGGCAAUGAGGAAGGUCUCUUUGUCAUCCAUGUCACCAAAGAUGAAAUAAUACGAGUGGGGGACAACAAGAAGGUGCACCACAUAGACCUGAUACCCCAGGAGCAGCUGCUGGCAGUCAUCUCUGGCAGGAACCGCCACGUCCGUCUCUUCCCCACGCAGGCCCUGGACGGCCGUGAGACCGAGUCCUACAAGCUGGCUGAGACUAAAGGAUGCCAGACCAUCGUCUCGGGUCCCGUCCGUCAGGCUCACGGCUCACUCACCUGCCUCUGCGUGGCCAUGAAGAGGCAAAUCAUAUGCUACGAGGUGAAUAAGAGUAAAGCACGUCACCGUCGGCUGCGGGAGCUGCAGGCCCCGGGGCCCGUUCAGUGGAUGGGUCUGCUCAGUGAGCGGCUAUAUGUGGGAUAUCAGUCUGGCUUCAUACGCUACAGUGUCCAUGGUGACAUGUCACCCGUCAGCCUGCUCCACCCUGAGGACCACACGCUUGCCUUCAUCCCCCAGCAGGGCCUGGACGCCCUCUGUGCUGUGGAGAUCUCCAGCAAGGAGCUGCUGCUGUGCUUCAGUGCCAUCGGGGUGUACGUAGACUCGCAGGGUCGCAGGUCUCGUCAGCAGGAGCUGAUGUGGCCAGCUGUGCCCAACGCUGCCUGCUACAACGCCCCCUACCUGUCGGUGUACAGUGAGAAUGCUGUGGAUGUGUUUGAUGUCAACACUAUGGAGUGGAUUCAGACCAUCCCUCUGAAGAAGGUGCGACCUCUGAAUGUUGAUGGCUCUCUGAACCUACUGGGACUGGAAACAGUCAGGCUUAUCUACUUUAGAAACAAGAUGGCAGAGGGGGAUGAGCUGGUCGUUCCGGAGACGUCAGACAACAGCAGGAAGCAGAUGGUGCGCAGCAUGAACAACAAGAGACGCUUUUCCUUCAGGGUACCUGAGGAGGAGCGGCUUCAGCAGAGGAGAGAGAUGCUUCGAGACCCAGAAAUGAGGAAUAAACUGAUCUCCAACCCCACAAAUUUCAACCAUGUGGCUCACAUGGGACCAGGAGACGGGAUCCAGAUCCUUAAAGACCUUCCCAUGAACGUCCGUGUUCAGGAGAGCCGCGCGGGCUUCAGCGGUUCAGUCAGCAUCCCCUCCAUCACCAAGAACCGGGCCGAGCCGGGUCGCUCCAUGAGCGCCAGCAGCGGACUGGGAAUACGCUCAUCCUCCCAGAACGGCAGCGCUCUACGCAGAGAGUUGUCAGGCGGAAGCUACGGAUCCAAACGUCAGACCAUGACCUCUCCCUCUGAGAGCUCCCUCUCCUCAGGAGGAGGCAUGGACUGUGGUGAUGCUCCACUCUCCCAGUUCGACAGAGAGUGGCAGGCAGUCUCACCGUCGGAGAAGACCCCCGAUCUGAAAAGGGCUUUAAGGACCCUGCUUAGUAAGAUGAAGGACUCGGACUCCCCCCGUCACUCCACAGCCUCCAACAGCUCCACCUUCAGCAGCCCACCCAGCCCGGCCUCCCCACACAAGACCAAGUCCUUGUCCCUGGAGAGCACAGACCGCAUGGGCUGGGACACAUGAGCCUCUGCCAGCCGCUCUACCAACCCCACCCACUCAACCACCUACCAACCGACAGCACAGGACUCCAAACCCUCCCCUCCUUCCCUCCCUCCCCCCACUGCAGCCUCUUACAUGCUCUCUGACCCUCGCCCCCCCAUCACUGCCCAGAGAACUGCACCUCCUGAGGAACAUUUGUCCCAUUUUACAACCUCAAUUUGUCUCAUCGUACUUCCAAGACGGAGCAGAGAACCAUGUCUGUCGUCUCUUUGAGGGAAUGGAGAGUUAGAGAGAGAGUGGGGCUGAUGUUUGAGGCUGUUUGUGCCUGCCAAGCGUGUGCGUGCUUAUGUUUUCAGUAAGGGCAUCUGAUAUAGGAAUUUAAAGCUCCCAUCACGGCUGUCAGCAGAAGCAUCGAGCUUCACCGACACUGUCCACGGCCCCAUUCAGAGACUCAAGCGCCUCACAAUGCAACAAAAACAGAGGAUUACUGUUGAGAGAAAAUGCUUUGUACUUGUACAUAGGACCCUUUGGGCUUUAGGGGGACAGUAUUUUAAUUUAUUUAUCAUUCUUAGACAGGGAAAGGGAGGUUCGCUUCGUUAUCUGAAUCAAACGGGUGGAGUUUAAAGCCCUCCUCACUUCCUUCAGUCGUUUCCUUUGGGUGCUUCGAAACAAGAAGAUGGAAAAAAGUAAGAGAAAGAAAAGUUAUGAGUUUUUUCUUUGUUUUUCUUUUGCUUUAUGAUACUAAGUGCAGUGACUUUAUAAUAUGUUUUAAUUUGACGAUCAGCAAACAGCUACAGGCUGCGGUUUCAACAUCACAUCGCUACUCUCUUCCUUAUUGGUUCAGUGUGUCAUCCAUCAGCUUUGGAUGUGUCACUGCUCCGAACAGUACAACCAAACUGGCAGGUUUCCAUCAUUAAAAUGUACAUAGGUUCAAAGUAGAGAGUAAUAUAUGAUAAGGAAAAUAGUGUGGAUGACUACACGGGAGAGUUUGAUUUUCCUUUGUGUUUGUUUUGAGUGAUUUGGGGUUGUAUUCACAAAAGAAGCCAUUUUAAACCACUUUUCUUUUUUUUACCAAUUGGUUUUAGAUUUGUUUGUUUUCUAUUUUAUGUGUGACACUCAUCGUGUGGUUUUGCUUUUAUUUUCCUGUAUGGAUCCACACUACUGCCCGUGCUCUAAAGACACCAGAGAUAUCUAUUCACACACAUAUUGAGAUAGCGUUUCACUGCAGCAGAUGCCUUUUGUCCUGCUCCUCCUCCUCUGACUGUCGGAGGUGAAGCAGCACAGUCACUUUGAACCUGUGUGAUGCUAAACUGGCUGUGGUACCUGAACGAAGAGUCCUUCCACUGAGCUCGAUUUAACCAAAAAUGAAUGAAAAAGAGGGAGAUUUUUCAUGACAGCCUUUGAAAAUUCAGAACAAGUUUCGUGAAUUUGUUCACCACUAAGCUCUUGAUUAAAAAACUUUAUAAUGCGAAUAUAAACACUUAAAAAGCUGUCAUAAAGUCAGCACUUGGUUCUGUUUAUCUUGAUGAAUGGCGUGUUAAAUAACCUCAGUGUGACCCGAUGUCUUCAAAAUGAAAAGGGCGAGGUGUUUAAAGCACCCUCAGAGUGGAUUUAGUUUGGCAGUUUGGAAACUUUGCAGUCAGUUCGUUUACAUGCAGUUACAAUCAGCCAAAUUAGACUAUUACUGUACAUGUAAACAUGCAUGUUCAGCUGAAACUGUACUAAAUCCAGGCGUUCUGCACAUGAUCCACAGCCUACACUCUGGGCUCUGACCUGAGCUAAGGUUAGAAGAAGCCUCAUUGUCAUCUGCCACUGGGAAUAAACUGUGUAGUAUUAUUCCAAAAGGUAAAGUGAAGGACAUGAAUUAAUGUGCUGCGCUGUAAAACUGUUCCUGUUUUCACCAUUUGACAUACAGACAGGUAGCUCAACCAGAAGUCAGUCUAGUAUCGGCUCUCUGAAGGAGGCAUCUCGCCACUUCCUCAUGCUUUAACCAAUUAUUCAGUUUUCCCCGGUGACAGUAAUCCGGUUAAGAGUACUAGUUGAGCUAUGAAUUUAGCCUAACUUACCCUUUGAGCCACGCUUUUAAUGCUUUUUUCUAAUCAAAAACCUUAGCUGCAUCUGCUCUACUGAUGCAACCAAUACACCAGUAUAAAACGCUGAGAAAUGCCCUGUCAUAACCACGUGCAGCUGUGAACUUUGCAUGCAACCUGGCAUGAUUGAAAAUUCACUCCCAUCAUUGCAAGCAGCUGCUGCUGCUGCUACGCAGACCAGGCCGGUGGGAAGGCGCCACUUUUUACCACUGUUUCUACAACCACUGUUUGAUCCUGCAUUUGAGGGAAAUGUAAAAAAAAACCUCCUGGAGAGCUGCUUUGAUUAGAGACUCCUAAAUUAGCUAGUCACAAGUGACACGCAGAGGUUGGCAGUUUAACUCUCAGUCAGUCUGUCAGUGGCCUAGUCCACAUUUAGGCAGGGCUCGUUUAUGCUGGGAAUGCACGGAUGCUUGAGUUUCACAUCAGUAUCUGCUCAUUUGGACAGACAUUGGCCUUCUGCAAAUAAUUUGGGCAUGAUUUGAUGUCAGUGUCUGUUGUGUAGCAUCAAUUUAAUGUUGGCAUUUAGCACACCUAAGGCUGAUUCAGAGAAAAGAAUUAGAAUGGGGCAGAAGAUGAGACCUUUUGGACAAUAUCUGAUCUGUUGGCACGGUCAAACAUGGGGAAAAAUAUGGCAUAGUGAGAGUCACCAAAAAGAGUAAUGAAAAAGAACGUCAUUGUAAGUGUUAGCUACUGGUUAUAUUAUUUAAAUACCGAUACUGGCAUUGACCCUGAUAUUUACAAUUGGUGCAGCUCUAGUUUGGGCCUUUUGUAAACAGGUGAAAGGCUCUUGAGGUACCUGAAUGCACACCUUUGGAAAACUCCUUCCAGAGUUUUAGAAACUCUUGUUUCGAGCAUUUCUGUGUGAACCUGCAUGGUGAGGGACGGAUUUAUGUUGACACUGUGAACUCUUUACAGCAUGCAACAAUGCGUUUUUGCAUUUUCAUGCAGAUGAAGAUGUUUUUUGAGACGUAGCAUGUCUGCACAAGAUUACUGUAAUACCUGCGUAUGUGUGGACUAGGCCGGUCGCUUUAAGCUGAAUUCAACCAGCGUAUCAUAGCUAGUAGACAUGCAAAUUCCAUGAGGUGAAAGUGAAGAAAAGUGCAACCCAUCAGCACAGAAACUAAGUUGUGGCUUUUGCUAAUAAAAAUAAAAACCUGGAAUAGUCUAAACUGUUUUUCCCUUUAAGAAACUCAGUAAAGAGAGACUGCAGUCAUUUAAUGGGGUGACUUAAAUUCAAUAUUUUACAGUGACUAUUCAUGUAAACGUACUGGCUGCAAAGCAAGACAUUAGUGGCCAAAAACCAGUUACCUCUGUUGAUUUUGCUCUGUUUACACACAGAUCAAUAAGCAUUUAAGUUCAGGAGUCACUGUCUGGGCAGAAUGGGGUCAGACUGUAAGGGAACAUACUGUUCUGACAUAAAUACUAUCGACACUGUGGUUUUAUCUGUAAGGAGGACACAGAUCCUGUUGUCUUCCUCUGGUUUUCAGAGGAAGAGUCUCCUGUUUAUUUCACUUCUUUGUCUGAAAGGGAAAACAAAAACAUUGGUGAUCAUUCCUGCCAAUUCCCUUGUUUAAAUAGUAACACUGAACAGCCCAUUCCAAGUAUUUUUUUAGUAUUCCUUUUUAUAUGAAGAGAGGGAGAGGGUCGGAGCACUUCUGUGCAACUCCAUGGUUUUAUUCCAAACACCUCUGAAUCUUUUUAAGCUAGUGAGUCUCCUUACCUCGUUCCUGCUGGAGUUUAUCUGUAGAAUGUAUACGAUGAGGGGGCGGGGACUGUCUUAGCCUGGUGUUUUAUUAUUGGCCAAUAUUGUACAGUUGAAAAAGUGAUCCCAGAUAUCCCAGUUAAGGAGAGGGAAAGAGAAACUCAGGAAAUGUCAUAACCAAUGAAUUAUUUUCCUUUAGAUGGUGAUAGUGUGUUUGAUGGAUGGAUGACCGGAGUGAGUGAGGGUCACGUGAUCAGGCUGUAGUGUACAGUAGACGUGGACGCAGCGGGAGAGACAGUUGUGAGGAUUAAAGAUGUAAAUUAAUGAAAUGUUUUCGGGGUGAAGGCUGAUCUGUGCUUUGACGGCUGAGGUGCCACAGCGGUAACAUUUAAGAGGAAGAAAAUCUCAAAAACAUUCAAACGCCUUUGCAUUUCAGUGAGGUCUUAUCUACAGUACCUUCGAUAUUAUUUUGCUCUUUCAUAUCAUAUUACACUUUGUUUUUUUUUUUCUAGGAUUGCUUUGUAAUAAUUUGUACAGUUUUGCAUGUUAUAGAUGUAAUCAUUUUGUUUUUCGGUUUGUUGUUUUACUUGCUCCUUUUUGAACGGUUUGGGCGUUUUACUGAGGAUAACCCACUACAGGUGAUGUAGAUUCUUUUUUGCACAAAAAAUAUUUAAGGUGUAAGGUCAAAACAAAAAAUAAUGUAUGGAACUGGCUGCCACACUUGUGUGGACAACUCAUUAUAUUAACCUGACUCCGAUGUAUUUCAAUAAAGCGGAGGGCUGUUACAAAUACAAA